AUGCCGUCCAAGGUCUACCGCUCUCCACUUCCGGAUGUCAGCAUUGAGUCUGUAGACUUGAUUUCAUAUCUCUUUUCAAAUCCCCUUGGCACCCCUCAAGACCGGCCACUGUACAUCGAUGCGGUCUCUGGAAAACAGUACACCUUUGGUGAUGUCUCCCAGCGCACCAAAUCUCUCGCAAAUGGACUUCGCCAGAGCUUUGGUCUCAAAACAGAUGAUGUGGUCGCAUUAUUCAGUCCCAACUCCAUCGAUUAUCCAGUGGUGAUGUAUUCAGUUAUUGGAUCUGGUGCCAUUUUAUCUCCUACAAGCGCAGCCUUGACGUCGUUGGAGCUCAACGCCCAGCUUAAGACAAGUCAGGCUCGGUUCAUCAUUGCCCACUCAUCUUUGCUCGAGACUGCACAAAAGGCUGUGAAGGGGACUUCCGUGGAAUAUCUCAUUAUUCUGGAUGGCUCCACCCCGAUCAAUGGCCAGCCUACCUGUGAGCAUCUUGCCAGCACCUUCCCACCUGCUGCUCUAUCGACGAUUUCUUCAGCUGAUGCGGCCGAGAAAAUUGCAUUUAUUUGCUUCUCAUCCGGUACAUCUGGUCCUUCCAAAGGUGUCAUCACCACACACCAGAAUGUGACAUCCAACCUGCAACAAUGGCGUGCCCUCAAGACGGAGUCCGGUCAUCCUGAUGAACCAGUCCAGCGCGAGUCAACGGUUGCAUUCCUCCCACUCAGCCACAUUUACGGAUUGAACCUCUACAUGUGCCAAUGCCUGCUCUGGGGCACUACCGUCAUCGUCAUGGCCCGAUUCGACCUCGACUUAUAUCUAAACUGUAUCCAUAAAUACCAACCGGAAGACCUUGCAUUAGUACCUCCCGUCGCUCUCAUGCUUGUCAAGGACGAUCGAGUUUCCAAGUACGACUUGAGUAGUGUGAAGCGCAUCAUGUCUGCCGCGGCACCCUUGACAAAUGAGCUUCGCUGUUCACUUGAAAAGAAUUUCAAGGAUCUCUAUCAAACGGAAGUCUUCUGCACCCAAUCGUGGGGGCUCACUGAGACGUCUCCUCUGGCAACUGGAAUUCCGACUGGUCGCAUGGAUAAGCGAGACUCGGGAGUUGGAUGCAUUGCUCCCAGCAUGGAAUUCCGCUUUGUUGAUCCAGAGACAAUGAUGGACGUCGGUACAAACCCAGACGGGUCGAGCCAGUCGGGGGAAAUCUGGUGUCGCGGACCUAAUGUGACUCGAGGCUACUACAAUAACGAAGCUGCAACCAAGGGCUCAUUCCACAUUGACUCCGAUGGCACGAGGUGGUUCCGGACAGGAGACAUUGGUCAGAUCGACAAGGAGGGCUAUGUCGCCAUCCACGAUCGCAUCAAGGAGAUGAUCAAGUACAAGGGUCUCCAGGUGAUUCCAAGCGAGCUGGAAGGAAAACUCAUCGACCACCCCGACAUCGCGGACGCCGCUGUCAUUGGUCAGUGGGUUGAUGAACAAGCUACCGAGCUUCCCGUUGGAUUCGUGGUACUUAGUCGCCAGGCGAAAGAAAAGGAUCUCAAGGCCGUGAUCGGCGCGAUUCAUUCAUGGCUAAACCCGACGAUCGCGAACCACAAGCGACUCCGAGGCGGAAUCCAUAUAGUAGAUCAAAUCCCCAAGAGCCCGAGCGGAAAAAUCCUGCGAAGACAGCUCAAGGAAAAUUUGAAGAUCACGAAACCGAAAGCGAAGCUGUGA